GGUUGACUCUCUCAUUAGGUCUUGCUGUUUUCUUCUUCCAGAUCUUCCAUAGACACAGUGAGGGUCAAGUGUUGUUCCCCUCAGCUUUGUCAUCUUGAAGGUUUCCCCAAAAUGCUUGAAGUUCCUCAACCCGGAGCUGAAAAAGCGAUGUCCUAUAGGAAGAAAUUGCCUGCAAACUGGAACGAUAAACCUCCUGGCAGGAAAGUAGAGAUUGACCUGAGUUCACCUGCUUUAGCAGUGUUUGAGUUGGAAAGACUGCUGUUCACUGGCAAAGUCAUCAUCAGUCAUGCAGAUGAAGUCUGGCCAAGGCUUUACAUUGGUGACCAACACAGCGCAGAGAAUGGAGCUGAUCUCUAUAAGCAUCAGAUCACACACGUCCUGAACGCAGCUCACAGUGAACGCAGAGGACAACCAGACAUCUACGGGAGCAUGAGGAUCAGCUACAUGGGCGUAGAGGCUCACGACUCCUGCAAUUUUGACAUGAGUGUCAACUUCCAGGCAGCGGCAGACUUUAUCCACAGGGGCCUCAGUAAGGGAGGAAAGGUCUUGGUGCACUGUCACGUAGGGGUGAGUCGCUCUGCCACCUUGGUCCUGGCUUACCUGAUGCUUAAGCACCAGCUCACUCUCGUAGAGGCCAUUUGUGCCGUGAAGGAGAACCGAGGCGUGAUUCCAAAUCGAGGUUUCCUCCGACAGCUCAUCAAACUGGACGGCCAGCUCUUUGGCACACAUCACUGAUGCUGCAGCCUUCACGUUCCAUGUGCCGAUAAACAUCCUGUAGUUACAAUAGCCCAGUGUCCACUAUAUCAGAACGUGUUUUAUCAGGAUGUAGUUAAUCAGACAUGAAAUGCAAUGCGAAAAGUUUGUUUCCAUUAUUUAGUAAUUAUGUCAUCACUUUUUAAUAAAUAUAUAUAAUAAACAGCCUGGACCUGAGGGUUGACAGUAAUGAUUAAACAGAACAAAUACAUUGAGUAGAACAAAUUAUUUUUUCAUGACACUGUGAUGAAGAAUAAACAAAACCAAAGUUCAGUUGCUCUGAUGAAACAUACAAAAUGAAGAGUCUCCUCUGUGCAGCCUCCGCUUCUCUGUCUAUAGUAUAGUAUAGUAUAGUAUAGUAUAGUAUAGUAUAGUAUAGUAUAGUAUAGUAUAGUAUAGUAUAUAGUAUUUGUGUUGUGUCCACCUCUCCUUCAGCAGCUCCAACUCCAUGGAGCUGUUGCUACCUGAAAACAUGGCAACACUGGAGAGCGCCAUCUCCCCAGGACAUUUUACCAAGUGGUUCUACUGGAUCACAGCCAGGUUGGGAAAAUCUCUUAUUCCUAAUUUCUUUUAAAACUUUUAACUUCUACUGAUUUAUUCGAAGUUACCUCUGGUGCAGUGGGCAGCCCUGUGUCGCCUCACAGUGAGACAGGCCAGCACAGAACACGUACCGUUCACAAGCAAAAUCAUCAACCCAAACAUUGGAUUGUAACAUGUGUGUUUGUUUUCUAAAGCACAACAUCACACGAAAUACAAUAAAGAGAAUGUAUUUGUUCACUUACCUUGUACUUAGAAGAAAACGUAAGUGUCCUUUUUUUGUAAAACAUCACAAGAAACACAUUAAAGAACAAAUAUGUUUUAUGUGGUGUGUUGCUUUAAUAGUGAAUUGUGUUGUAACUGUAAUAUGGUGUAAUAUAAGUGUGGUUUAGUUUUGAAACACAUUGAUGCUGGCACAACAUCGCAGGCUUUUCAAUCAUGACUUAAAACGUUUGUUUUGUAGCAUUCUGGCAGGUUCUGUGUGGUACUCUGGAAGGAAGACACCGGGCUGGUGAUGGGUCCUUCAUCCUGCUGGAAUGUGUUAAACAGAGAAGAUUCAUCACCUUGCAGGUUUUCAAUCUUCAGGUGUUUUGGAGAAUGAGCAACUUUUAGAUUAAUAAAGAAGAUUUUAUACAACA